AUGGCUACAGCAAGCAAGGACCAAAAGGCCAAGCCCAGUGCUUUGCGCUCCAUCCUUGCCGGCUCCACUGCCGGAGCCGUGGAGAUCGCAAUCACAUACCCCGCAGAAUUCGCCAAAACCCGGACGCAGCUUAAUCGUCGACUCGCCGAGGGACAGAAACUCCCUUGGCCACCGUUCGGCCCACAGUGGUACGCCGGAUGCACAACGCUCAUUAUUGGAAAUUCCCUAAAGGCCGGAAUCCGCUUUGUUGCGUUCGAUGCUAUCAAGGCAGCCCUACAGGAUGAAAAUGGCAAGAUAUCGGGACCCAGAACGGUUGUCGCAGGUUUUGGAGCAGGCUUCAUGGAAUCCCUUUUAGCCGUUACUCCCUUCGAAAGCAUCAAAACUCAAUUGAUCGAUGAUCGAAAGUCAGCAACCCCCCGGAUGCGUGGAUUCCUCCACGGAAGCAAGAUUAUUUGGCAAGAACGAGGCGUCCGGGGCUUCUUCCAGGGCUUCGUGCCAACCACCGCACGACAGGCAGCCAAUUCCGCAACCAGGUUCACUGCGUAUACGACCCUGAAACAGUUCGCCGAAGGGUAUACGGCUCCAGGAGAAAAGCUUGGGACACUUGCUACCUUCGCCAUUGGAGGAAUGGCUGGAAUUAUCACAGUCUACGUGACCCAACCUCUGGACACUGUCAAGACUCGAAUGCAGUCAAUUGAAGCCAGCAAGCAUUAUAAAAACAGUCUCGCCUGCGCUGCCAGCAUUCUUAAGAAUGAGGGUAUGCUCACUCUGUGGUCUGGAGCCAUGCCCCGGUUGGCUCGACUCAUCCUCAGUGGAGGAAUUGUGUUCACCAUGUACGAAAAAUCCAUGGAACUGUUGGAUUCCAUGGACCCCAAGCGAAAGUAUCUUUAA